UCAGAAGAACUGAAUUAACUCAUCGGUGGACAUUUAUCCCAAUUAUACAAUAUUUCACUGGGUUAUUAAAUGUUGCCGUUUACAUGAUAAUUUCCUUAAUUAAUUAAUUAUGAAAUUAUGAUUUACAUGUAAACAUUUUAAAGUCAUUUGCAUAAUGUACAAUAAUUUACUACUGUAUUACAUAGUAGUAGUAUUAUCGAUAACAUUCUAUGAUGGCACAUUUAUUUAUACUUUACAACAUGCGACAACCAACGCGAACAAAGCAGUUCUUUUGAGAAGCAGAGUAAUUCAAACAAACCAAGCUUUCAAGGUUGAUGAACAUUCAUUGAACAAAAUGCAGGAUGAUGAAGGAGAUUUAAAGCUUUCUAAAGAAUUCCCAGUACUUGAUACACUGAUAUCUUCGGAAGGAGAUAAAGAUCCAUCAGAUAGCAUAAAUCCAAAAUUAGAAGGCCCAUCUUCAAGAACUAACAUUUAUCACAAUAAUAAUAAUAACAGAAAGAAUAAAAUAAGUGGACAGCGUUUACCAAAAGAUUCCAGUCUACUUGAUUCAUACUGGCCUAAUUCUAAUGUUGGAAACAUAUUUGACAUAGGGUGGGAUCCGAAUCCACCUAAAGAAACUGAUUCACAAGAGGAUUUAGUACAACCAGAUGAAACACAUUUAGAGGGUGUUCCAAUCUUUAUUCAGCAUCCUAAACCACUAUAUUAUACAACGAAAAAUAAACCAGCUACAAUUGAAUGUGUCGCUGAACCAGUUUCACAUGCCGCUAUCAAAUGUGCUGAACAAACAAUACCAUACAAAGGUCCCGGUGAGUCCGGAAUAUUGGAGAUUCAAAGAUUGAACUCAGAUAAUUUACCAGAUCCAGAUGGUAAACGUUGGAAAUUACGCUUGGAAGUCAGAGCUAAAGAUGUGGAGGAAUGGUUCGACACAUAUGUUUGUCAUUGUGAAGCGUGGAACAAAGUAGUUAAAUUACAAAGACCAAAAAAAGUUAUCAGCAACACGACAGAAAUUAAAGAAGCAUAUUUAGAUGAAAAAUUCCAACUGGAACCGGUUUCUACAGAUUUAGCUGUCAGUAAACGUCUUGUGCUAACGUGCCUACCACCUGAAGGAGAUCCUAAUCCUGAAGUUUAUUGGUUAAAAGAUGGAAAGCGUGUUGACACUAAAUCGUUUCCACAUAUUGUAAUUAAUGACUAUAAUCACUUGAUCAUAGAAAAUACAACAACUGCAGAUAGCGGAAAUUAUACAUGUGUAGCAGCCUGUCUAAAUGGUGAGAAAAGACGUGCAGUUGCUCGAGUCAAUAUUUUCCCCUACAAUUCUGCCAUGAAUCGACCGGUAGGUGGUGAUUUGACUAACUGGGGUGAGUGGGGAACAUGCUAUAAAGUCAUAGCAGAAGGAAGCAAUGCUCGAACAGUUUGUCAACAAACCCGUCAUCGUAUAUGUGCCAAUCAAAUAACACCAAAAAAUGAAUUUAAAUCAAUGGAUAUGAGUAAUCUAAUAACAGAUCAGUGUCCUUUGCCUUUAUUCCAGACAAGAAAUUGCUCUUCCAGUCAGUGUAUCAAUUCCAUGAAUAACGCCGUUCUCAAGGGAAUUCACCUUUCAGAUAUAAAAUCACCAACUACUACAUUAAAAAUAUCAAGUUCACAAAUGUUUAAAACUGGAGAAAUCGCAAUUUAUGUUGGUUUAUUUUUGUCCUUAGCCGUGCUAUUAGCGGUUAUUGCUCUAAUAACUAGGCGAAAAAGUUUGAAAUUUUCUACUGCUCGGGCGAUUCGUUAUUCUGCUUGUCUUCAUAGUAAACGUUCAUGUCGACAAGAGAUAGUUAAUAAAAAAGCCCAAGACCUGCUAUUACCCGGUGACAUGUCACAAACUAUGAUUACAAUAAUGAAUCCAAGUGUGGCCGAUACACAUAAUCAGGAAAUGAACAGAAUGAAACCAAGUUAUAAUAGUAACAAUAUAAAUAGUAAAACGUUCGGAGUAAAUGUAAUAAACGGUGCAAUUAAUGGUGUACUAUUUCAACACCAAUUCAACACUACUCCAAUCAACAAUAUUCCUCUAAGUACAGCUGGACAGAGUUUGGUCUUUUCCAAUGGAACAUCUUUGGGGACAGCGACGUCAAUUUUAGCAAACUUACCACCACCACCUGCUCCACCACCUCCACCUCCGACUCCACCACCACCACUACCUCUAUCCUUACCACCGAUUCCAACUACAUCAAUCAAUUUCGAUAGUAGUCACGGAGCAUCAGAUAUUUCCGGUUAUACUGGAUUUCCGAGUACCUUGCCAAGUACACAACAUUUUAUGAAUCUGGCAUCUUGUCAAAUAAAUGGAUAUUUGACCUCUGACCCAUAUUUACAAACAAAUAUCGAGUUUAAUAACCAAGUGGUGAAUUCAGGAACUGAACCUACAUAUGUUGAAUCGGAAGUUGGGCUAUCCAGAAUAGGUUGUGGACCACACUUCUCAACACCUUUAGCUGUUAGCAAUUUAGGUGGUCCAAUCGAGAGUUCUUCUGAUCCUUCUACAGCAAACACAGGUACAACUGUUACUGCAAUUGGAUCUUGUAAUGGAGGAAGCAGUAAUGGAUCAGUAGGAUUGCCUUUAAAUAGAUGUCUAACAAAUAAAAGUCCUAAUAACUAUAACAUAAAUUUUUUAAACGUGGAAAUUGAUGAGUGCAACGAGAAAUGUGAACCAGAAUCUGGGCUAUACCAUGAAUUAUCUUUAGACGCAGUUUCAUCUGAUCGAUCAAUUUUAUGUGAAUUUAAUGAUCCUCUAGAAUUGGAUACGACUAUUCGUAAAACUAUAUCAUGCGAUGAUGACCAACUAGCUUUGCCACGAUCAGGUAUUUUCUUGACCAUACCACAAGGUGCACUACAAUCGAAUUCACUCGUUGAAGUUUAUCUGGCAGUAUGUAGAGAAGAUAAACAUCGUCCUACAUUAGGUGAUCAUCAAACGUUACUAAGUCCCGUUAUUCAAUUCGGACCAGUGGGCUUAAAUCUGUUAAAACCUGUACUCUUAUCGUUUCCUCAUUGCGCUGAAUUAAAUCAAAGUAAUUGGUUAAUACGAGUCUUGGCAUUAGGACCGAAUUUGAAUCGUUCACCUAACAAUCUGAAUACAUCAAAUAUAAACGGAUAUAAAUCCAACUACAGUGCAUUACAUACAAAUUUUGAUAAUUUUAUAUGGCAGGAAGUGGGAAUAAUUGGUUAUGAAUCAAAUGUCACUAAAUUCAUUUGUCACCUUGAUUCAAAUAUGGCACAUCUGAUGACUGAUGUUGCACGGCGUUAUUGUCUAGUUGGUGAAACACAGAAACUUCUGGGCGGUAAUCGCUUAAUAUCAAACCAUAAAAAUUUAAAUCAUACAGAAUUCCAAAAUUUUCCCAAUGGCAUAAAUACGAAUGGCUUGCAAAAUAUAAAUAUCACAAACUUUACGAAUAACAAUAACACUAUGACAGAUAGUACACAGGAUAGUGGAUUAUUAUCUGACAUUCAGCCUGCAACAAAAAUUUUGAAAUUAGCUGCAUUUUCCGGACCACUAACACCAACAAUUGACUAUAAUAUAAGAGUUUAUGUGCUAACAGAUACUAAAGAUGCAUUGGAACAUGUUUUAUACGUCGAGAAACGAUUAGAAGGAAGACUGUUAGAUGAUCCAAAGUCAUUAUUAUUCAAAGACAAUGGUGGAGGGUUGUGUUUUUACAUUGAAGAUAUUUCUCCUGGAUGGAGAAGCCGAUUACAAACUAAAUCACAGGAAAUACCAUUCCGACAUAUCUGGAAUGGUACACAAAUGUCUACGCUGCAUUGUGCAUUUUCACUUGAACAUUUGGAUUCACGACAGCUAAAUGUGUCGUGCAAAAUUAAAGUUUAUCAAGAGAAUUCCCAAUUACAAGAGCAAAUUUUAAAAAUUUCAAACCAAAGAUUUGAGACUUAUACCCAAUAUGAUUUUUUGUGCGACAAGUUUAAAGACAUACACGUUUUGGGGAUUUUUCAACCGGGAAUGAGUGAUGUAUCGUUCAGAUGUUUUAACUAAAUCUACGUAAAUGUUUUUACGUUGGAAGCAUUAUGAUGCCAAGUUAAGACAGAAAACAUACCCAGAAUAAAUAUUAUAAUAUUUGAGAAGAACAUACAAAUUGUCUGUUGACUGUACACUACCGAACAUUUGACCUGAAUAGAUCCUUACAGAUUUUACUACUAACUUUCUUGAACAAAGAAUAACUUUAAACCAUUCAAAUUUUUCCCAGCUGAAAACCGAACAUUCAAGAACAAGAUUCUUCAGUUCCGAAGACCGUAGUUCAGAUAUUCGCUGUUCCCCUAGUUCGUAUCGACUUCCUGUAGUGACUACUCAAAGACUGUGUAAACUGUUGGAUACUAAAGAAGGUGAAUGGCAAAAACUAGCAAAACAUAUGGGAAUGGAGAGGUAUAUAUUUUAUUUGAAAUCACAGCCAAGUCCAACAACAGUUCUUUUAAAUAUGUGGGAAGCUUGUAAUCGUAAUGAACCAAGUGUGAAUGAAUUAAAAACUAUAUUCACCGCCAUGGAUCGAGCAGAUUGCGCAAAUCUAUUAGACUGAGAUAUAAAUAAACAAAACAGUCAUCCUUAAUUUCAAAAAAUAUAUAAAUUGAAAUAGAAAUAUAUAUAUAAUCACAAAUGCAUACAUACAACAAAUAGAUACAUUAACUUGAAGAGAUGAUACAUUUCCAAAAUACAUAUCUUUAAUUAUGAUUUUAUUAACUCCGGAGUCCUAGUGCAUUUAGAAAUAGUAUUGGGCUGCGUUCUAAUGUAUUACCUGGUACACAGUUAACAUAAUUUCCUGCAUCAAACAAAUAUAUAAUACAAGUAAUAUGAGUAACUUUUGCUAAAUUUCAGCAAGCUGCUGACAAGUCUUUCUUUAUAUCUAAUGUUCACCGUAAACGAUUAAUUUCUACACUGAUUAGUACUGCCUAUGGGUUGUUCAUAACCGGUAAUAAAUUGGGAAUACCAAAAUAUACAACAAAAGUAAUUCAAUCGAAAACAUUAACAUCCAGAUAUACCAUACUAUAAAAUGGAAACUCAGUGUUCAAUCACUGACAAAUUGAAGAAAUUGCAUUUAAUUUUCACAACGAAUUGUGAUGUUGAUUAGAGUCUAUAUCCCAUACACUUUGAAUAAAAGCAUAAAUAAUCAUACAAGUAUUCGGAUUGGAAAAAAUUCAGCAAUCUCCUUGUAUUAAUACAUGAAACAUUUUUUUUAGUUCAAUGAAGCACCGAGUUAUAUUUUGCCAUGUACGCCCUUUUAAUUGCCCUCUUGUAAGUGGUUGCUUAUAUAAUAUUUAUGAUUUGUACAGAAAACAGUUUUAAAGUAAAGAAAUCAUCAUGAACGCAUCAAUUGUGAAUAAACGAGAA